GGAACCAUAACUCAGUCUUAAAUAAGCCGUGAUGUAAGCGCGGAGAGCCAGACCAGGGAAGAGCAGAGAUCUCCAGACCCGCAUUAAGCUGCAAGAUGAUGACCGCAGAAGAGAAUUCGAGUCAAAGCCCCGUGGCACGUCCUGGGCGUCCAGAGAAAUGUUGUCCGGUUGUCAUUGACGACGUCCCCCUGAACGGCCCCUCCCUGAACAUCCCCGACGCAGAGGAGUUCAUUCAGCGGUCGCUGGCCGUUAUCAUGGAAGAUGCGGUGAAAAAGGCCACGGAUGUCAGAGAGAAGGUGUGCGAGUGGAAGUCUCCCGAGCAGCUGAAGGAGCUGCUGGAUCUGGAGCUGAGAGAGCAGGGAGAGACGGAGUCCAAGACCCUCCAGCGGUGCAGAGAUGCCAUCAGAUACAGCGUCAAGACCACACAUCCCCGUUUCUUCAACCAGCUGUACGCCGGCAUGGAGCCCUACUCCAUGGUGGCCAGCUUCAUCGUGGAGGCCCUCAAGCCCAGUCUGUACACGUAUGAGGUGUCCCCGGUGUUCACCCUGGUGGAGGAGGCUGUGCUGAGGAAGAUGAUGGAGAUCGUCGGCUGGGCGGAGGGAGGAGACGGGAUCUUCAACGCAGGGGGCUCCAUGUCCAACAUGUACGCCAUGAACUUGGCCCGGUACCAGCACUGCCCCGACCUGAAGGAGCUGGGUCUCUCCGCCGCUCCGCGGCUGGCUGCCUUCACGUCGCAGGAGUGUCAUUAUUCAAUUUCCAAAGCUGCUGCUUUCCUGGGAGUCGGUACGAAGAACGUCUACGUGGUGCCAGCUGAUAAGAGAGGGAAGAUGAUUCCUGCGGCUCUCCGGGAGCAAAUAGAGUUGGCUAAGAGUGAGGGCGCGGCUCCCUUCAUGGUGAACGCCACGGCGGGGACCACGGUGUUGGGAGCGUUCGACCCCAUCGACGAGAUCGCCGACGUCUGCGAGGAGCACGGGCUGUGGCUGCACGUGGACGCGUGCUGGGGAGGGGCAGCUCUCAUGUCCAGGAAGCACAAGCACCUGCUGAAGGGUGUCCAGAGAGCCAACUCCGUUGCCUGGAACCCUCACAAGAUGCUGAUGGCGUGCUUGCAGUGCUCCGCGUUCCUGGUCAGAGACAAGACGAGCCUCCUGCAGCGCUGCCACUCCGCCCAGGCCUCCUACCUCUUCCAGCAGGACAAGUUCUACGACGUCAGCUACGACACGGGGGACAAGUCGGUCCAGUGCAGCCGGAAGCCCGACGCCUUCAAGUUCUGGCUGAUGUGGAAGGCCCUGGGGACCCGGGAGCUGGAGCAGAGGGUGGACCGAGCCCUCGCCAUGGCCAGGUAUCUGGCACUUCAAGUCAAAGAGAGAGAAGGGUUUCGUCUGCUGAUGGAGCCUGAAUAUUCAAAUAUUUGCUUCUGGUACAUCCCACCGAGUCUGAGGAACCUGCCAGAAGACGCCGACUUCUGGAAGAAGCUGCACAACGUGGCGCCAGUGAUCAAGGAGCGCAUGAUGAAGCGGGGCAGCAUGAUGGUGGGCUACCAGCCCCACGGGGGCAAGGCCAACUUCUUCAGGAUGAUCGUCAUCAGCCCGCAGGUCAGCCGGCAGGACAUGGACUUCGUGCUGGACGAGAUUCACGACCUGGGGAAGGACUUGUGAUGAGAGGCCGGGUCUCCAGCUGGGGAAGAGGGACCCGUCUGACCCGUCUGACCGUCUGACCCGUCUGACCGUCUGACCGUCUGACCCGUCUGACCGUCUGACCCGUCUGACCGUCUGACCCGUCUGACCGUCUGACCGUCUGACCCGUCUGACCGUCUGACCGUCUGACCCAUCUGACCGUCUGACCGUCUGACCGUCUGACCGUCUGACCCGUCUGACCGUCUGACCGUCUGACCCGUCUGACCGUCUGACCGUCUGACCGUCUGACCCGUCUGACCGUCUGACCGUCUGACCCGUCUGACCGUCUGACCGUCUGACCCGUCUGACCGUCUGACCGUCUGACCGUCUGACCGUCUGACCGUCUGACCCGUCUGACUGACCCGUCUGACCGUCUGACCGUCUGACCCGUCUGACUGACCCGUCUGACCGUCUGACCGUCUGACCCCUCUCACUACCACCACACACUUUCUUCCACAGGGAACUUCCUCUGUGGUUGAAAAAGGGACAUUUUCUUUACCUUGAAACCUCCUGGAUGUAAUAUAACGUUUGCAUUUGUUUUUAUAACUGUGUUUAUUUUCAAAUUCCACACUCAUUAAAAUGUUGUUUACUUGUAA